AACUAAUUCUUUUUUUUUUGGGUUCAAACUAAUUAGAGUUGAACACACAUCUCUCUUUUUUUUAGAACGAAGGCUCGCGGAGAGCCCAGCUUUGAAUUAACAAAGCCAUCAACCGGCCAGGAAUUACAACACAACACCACACCAAGCACAUCGGCCGAACGAUACAAGGGAGCUCCCUAGGAAGCUUACAACUCGACGCAGAAAACUAGCUCAGAACAAGGAAGCCCAAGCUAGUACACGCCGCCGACCGCAACAAACAAGAGCCAAGAAUUGCGAGCAGCGUGAGCACAACGAGGACCUGCCGAAACAGAGUGGAGUUGUGGACAUGACCGAGUCCAAGGUUGGAGGAAACCAAGCAUCUUCCAUCGCUCUCGCCGUAGAGGGACCCUUCCCUCUCGCCUUGGAUCGAAAGGCGCCACCGACGGACAUGAGAGACGCUCACCCUAGAGCAAGGGAGAUGCCGACCUCGAGUCCUGGGAUAGUCACAGAGCACAACCUCCUAGGACAUGAGCACACCUCAUCUGACACACCGAAGCAACCUAGGACACCUGAAAGACAGCGGGAAAGCCACCGGGAGGAGCCACUGAAGAACGAGCAGCACGGACAUCAGGAGAGGCCGCAGAACGACGAGGAGCAGGAGUCGUCGGCCGCUGAAGAGAAACACCGGGCGUCCAUGGCCAGGGACGUGCUGCUACUGCCGGGAAGAGGAACCCUAUCCCCUACCGCCGGAUCGCAGACGCCGUACCGCUGGAGCUGAGCCAAACACGCCACCGCCGAGGAGCACCGCACUUGAGGGGAGCGGGGACAGACUUCCCUACGAGCCAGGCCAACCACAGCCACCUGAUAACCAUAGCCGCCCAAAACUCCACCUUUGCCGCCCCUCAACCGAACGCACACUCCCCAGGCGGCGCCUCCAAGGAGGGCACGACGCGCAGCGCGCCGUCACCGCCCAUCCAAGAAGGAUUUUGGGCUUUCACCCGGGAGGGGAACGGGGGUGGAUAGGGUUGGGAUCUCAGCUGCACCUCCAAGGAGGAAGGGCGGCGCCCAGGGGCGUCGCUGCCGCCGGGCCGGACCAGCCGACCAAUGGUUUCCCACGGUCCCAAAACCGCACCACCGGGCACCCAUCCACACCUUUCCGGCGACCAAAGCUGCUGGAUCCGGCGGGGAUGAGAGAGCUGAAGGGGAGGGGAGUCGAACCUCAGAUCUGACGAGGAGGGGGAUCUCCACGCCGCAGCCACCACCCGCCGCCGUCCCACCACCCGCGUGGUCGGGAACGCCGGCUAGGACCACCCACGGACGCCGCCAGCCGGGAGGGCGCCGCCGCCGCGCCAAGGGCCGCCGCCCCAGAUCCGGAGUCCUCCGCCAGAAACGGAGCGAGCAGGGCCUCGCCGCCACCGUCACCGGCGACCGCGCAGGCUUGCCUGCGGCCACCUCGGGUGGCGACGAGGGGGAAGGGGGUGAGGGGUGGCGGCGCUGGGCGGAAACCCUAGUCGCCGCCCGAGUCGCCCGAGCGGACGACGCGGGGGCAGCUCCCGCUGGCCCACGCUGCCUGACAAGAGAAUGCAGCUCUGGAGCCGUCCUGCAGCAAGGCCUAUUAUGCUCAAUGAACAAGCCAUAAUCAACAAUCUCACUGAUUAUAACGUGACAAGGAUGUGGCCUAACAGAAGGGCAGGGGAGGACGAACGGCUCUACUUAGUCCAUAAUCAGGGCACUGCUGGAAUCAAUACCCGGUAUCCGCUGAUCGUCAAGAAGUUCCAGAAUGUAAACCCAACACUACGAGUGGACGGCAAUGUAAGGUACCGCUACAAGUCGGAGAUGAUCCUGUUAGCCAGCAAUUCUCACGACAACAUCAUCAAAGUCGUAGAUCUCAUCCAGAGGGAAGACGCCAUCAUGCUCGUUUAUGAGUAUCCGGUGAAUGGCAGCCUUCAAUCCUGGCUGCACCAACCCAUGGAUGUCGGUCAGCAGCUAAGCUGGCCGGAGAGGAGGGUCAUCGCCAUUGGUGUGGGCCAAGGGCUCUGCCACUUGCACCACGGAUGCAAUAAGCCGAUUGUCCACCACAACAUCAGCUCAGACAACAUUUUUCUUGAUCAGAAUUUCAACGCCGUGAUAGCAAGUUUUGGCGAUGCACAGAUGAACAUGGCUGGCCUCGGCCAACCGUUGCCAAUCACGGACCUGCCUCCUGGUAACUUCGGGUACGCAGCUCCAGAAUAUGGGAACACGGCAAGCCCUAUGACAGAGAAGGUCGACACUUACAGCUUUGGUGUGCUUCUGCUGGUGCUCGUCACGGGGCGCGAGCCCAAUGGAGCUGGAGCAGAUGGUCAUUUGGCGGUUUGGGCGCGCAACUUCGCUCAACUGACGGCAAACCAACUGGAAAUUUUCGAGGGUGCCGUGGACAUGGUCAUCCCAGAUCAAGCGCGGUACAUGGAGGAGAUGGCGACUGUGUUCAGGUUGGGCGUGGAUUGCACCGCUGUGGAUCCACAGCAAAGGCCAUCCAUGCGGAUGGCUCUCAAACGACUCCGCGGCAGCCGUUGGCGUGGCCCAUUCCGUGGCCUCCUUGCCUGCUAUCUAUUGGUCACGUUCUACAUUUACAUUCCUUCUGUUGACUGAAGAAACACUGAACUACCGAACUGGUCUUGAACAUGCUAAAAUGCACUGACAGUCAUCACUAUUGCUAACUAGGAUGCCCCUGCAGUAUCCACUGCUACAAUGCAUUCUUCCACACGAGACAGCGAUCUUAGGUACUUAAUACCAGUUAAACCAUCAUUCACAAGAACUUAUUAUACUGCUGCCUUAUAGCUUCAUAUGUUGUGUUUCCCUGGGUAUUCCCCAAGAACUGAUGUACAGAAAGCUUUCUUUCAGGAGACCAGAUUGAACCAGAUCGGUAAUCAACCAUCUCACGUGCUCUGCCAUUUUGCGGUUUUCCUUAACAAAGUAAUAUUCUUAUUUUCUGUUCAUCUUGCAUGUAAUUACACACCACUCCAUCUGCCUCCUCUGAUACGAAAGAAGCACCAGCGCCUGCCAAGGUUGUUGCACAUUACAGGAUUACAAGAAAUGUUUGAAGGAUACGGGCUUGAUCCACCUGUAUGUUGACGCCCGACAUUGAUUAUGAGGUGCGAUUCCUUUGAAGUUUAUUUUGGAGUACAUCAGAUAUUUAUUUGGGGCAUGAACACGCAUUACCUACAGGAUUUUUUCUGCCUGUGUAAAUUCACUACACUUUUUUAUAUGGAUGGACGGCUUCAUUAGUCUGCUCUGAUGGGAAAGACACUGAUGAGCCAAUGGGCUACCUGUAUCAAACUAUAUAUCGGUUUUAAUAGCGUUACACGCCAGAGGGUUGCGAGCGUCCAACUUGAAUGCAAGGUACCUACUAUACCAGUUAAGUACCAUCCCAGUUAUCAAUGCUACGGUGAUGUGCUUGCUUCAGAACUGGUUACUAGUGCUGAAAUGUGCUGUUCUGGCGUUGUCAAUGACAGAUCCAGAUCGACUUGAGAGUCAUCUGUGAACUCUUUCUGACCUGAUGUAAUGGAGUGUAUAGCAAAAAACUACCACAUUACAGGCUAUCGCUACAAGAAAACUACCGCUUUUUUUAAUUUUUCAAAAUGCUACCACAAUUUUAGUUGGCUGUUCCAAAAAACACUAGUGACCCAAUGGUUAAGUUUUGAUCAGGUUUAUGACAGGGAGGGUCCACGUGUCAGGAGAAAAAUCAUUUGACCGUUUGUUGACUGUUAAGUUUACUGUUGAGCCCACAAGUCAGGGUCAACCUCUCCUCCCACCUCCAGCCACCAGAGGGAAGAGAGUACCCCGAUAGAGCGGGUUGACCCCUGCCUCACUGUGCGUGCUCGCCGGUGAACGCCGCCGCCAUCCCGAGAGGCGCCCCACACCUCCAGCCCUCCUCUCUCCUCGUCCUCCCUGCUCCAUGGACGAGCCGCCGCUGCCAUCCACGUUGGCAUGCAGCAACGCCGCCGCCUCCGCCAUCCCCGCCGGCAUGCAACAACGGCCAUGCGCGCUGCAGGAGCGGGCGUGCUGCAGGUGCGCGCGGGGCCGCUCGAAGUGGCCGGCUCCGUGCAGACUCGCCGGCGCGUUGUCAUGCAGCUUGUGGUGGCCGCCUAUGGUCCUCUUCAACGGGUGGGCACGCGGCGGCGGCGUGGAGCAGCAGCAGCACACAGCAACUUCCGGCCAUGGCGAGGGCGGACGGGAGCACAGGGACCCGAUUGCUUUUUUCUAAAACUAACAGGGACCUGAUUGUUUUUUUACAAAACUUACAGGGGCCGGUUUGCUUUUUAUUUUUUGGAGAGACCGACAUGUGGGUUCCACGUGUCAUAACGGUCCAAUAUAACGGUGACCUGACGAGUGGACCCCCUCUGUCAUAAACGCGGUUAGAACUUAACGCUUCAGUAAUUUGGGUUUUUUGAAACAGCCAACCAAAUUUGUUUUUAAAAAAAAAUAAAAAAAACGGUAGUUUUUGUAGCGAUAGCCUGUAAUGUGAUAAUUUUUUUGCUAUAUACUCGAUGUAAUGGAAGCCUACGCGGGCAGACUGUCCAACUUCUACCAGAUCAUGGAGAUGACCCAGGCAGGUGUUUGAAGGCAGCCUGUUCAGGGCCAUCAGGCGGCUGGAGCGAGAUGCCUUGCUUGGUGAACCAUGACACUGUCAUGGCAGAUAAAAUUGUCAGCUUGUAGGUUGUAUGACUAGUAAGUUCUGAAAUUUAAAGAUUGAUUAGAGUUGAUCCAAGGAUGCAACCUGUAUCCAUUGCAUUUUCCGCGUACACAGUAACAAGUAAGCACAAUUUUUCCUGAAUUUCACUUGGAUAUUCGAUUCAAAUUGGAUGAAUCAUGUUUGUGUUGUUGCUUGCCA